AAUCAAUCAAAAGCGCGUGUCUCCGCUUUAUGGGUCAGGGUCGCACUUGCAAAAGUGUGGAAUUCGUUUUUUUGUUGUUGUCGGUGCGUCGCUCAAUCAUUAUACAGCUUCUCCAUUUGCUAAGCGGAACAACAAAAAGAACCCAUCCCGUGUCUCAACUCACCACGAAAACAGAAGUACAAUCGUCAGCUCACGCCUCGAGAGAGAGAGAAAAAAACCACAACACCAAAUUAAACAACGGGUCAUUUGACAAUCCCCAAUCGUUGCUCUCCCAACUCCCACCCACUGAUGUACACCCGUGAGCCAGGCCGUACGAAUUCCACAUUCACGUGGCGGGGGCCAAGUCCAUCCAAACCCCCACGCAGCAGCAGCAGCAACAACAACAAAACAGUGGCAUUACGUGGGCCCCUCCUCACAUGACUGCCGCCUCUGGCACGGAUAGCUCCUUCCUCUCUCUCCAUCAUCACCACCAUCCUCCUCGCCGCCACCGCGACAAACAGCGGCGCUCAUGAGCGGCAGGGACACCAGCGGGCCGACGAUGAAGGCGGCGGAUGACGUGGGCGACGAGGAGGUGGUGUUGGAGGGCGACGGAGAACGAGGAGGGGAAUACGAUCGACAGCGGCUGAGCGGAGGCCGGCAAAGCCCCGACCUUGCCUGGAUGCGGCGGCCGGAGGCGGUGGGCGGCGGAGACGGCGGCGGAGGUGGCGGCGAGCCGCUCGAGGCCUCGCUCCCCCGGGAUGUUCACACCGUGACGGGGGUGUCCAGACACCGCUCGCUCGCCGUGGUGCUCAUCCUCUUCUACGUCAACCUGCUCAACUACAUGGACCGCUUCACGGUGGCCGGAAUCCUUGUGCAGAUUCAAAAUUACUUCUCCAUCAACAACACCAUGUCCGGAUUACUCACUACAGUGUUCAUCUGCAGCUACAUGUUGCUGGCACCCAUCUUCGGUUAUUUGGGCGAUCGUUUCAACCGGAAGAUGAUCAUGUCGGUAGGGAUCGCGGUGUGGUCUGUCACCACGCUGGGAAGCUCCUUCAUUCCAAAGGAGAACUUCUGGGCAUUCCUCCUGAUGCGGGGACUGGUGGGCAUAGGCGAGGCGAGCUACUCCACCAUCGCUCCUACAGUCAUUGCCGACCUCUACACGCGUGACAAGCGUACCCGCAUGCUCUCCAUCUUUUACUUCGCAAUCCCCGUGGGCAGCGGACUGGGCUAUAUUCUCGGUGCAAACUUGGCACAAUUGACUGGCAAUUGGCAGUGGGGACUGAGGGUGACCCCAGUUCUCGGCGUGUUCGCGGUGCUGCUCAUCUUUUUUGUGGUUCCCGAGCCCCCGAGGGGCGCCAUCGAGCAGGAAACGGGCGUACAUCUGUCAAGAACCAGCUGGCUCACCGACCUUAAGUGCCUGGCACGCAACCAGAGCUUACUGUGGUCGUCGCUGGGAUUCACGAGCGUGUCGUUCGUGACGGGCGCGCUCGCCCUCUGGUCGCCCGAGUUCCUGUCCUUGGCCGAGGUGGUGCAGGGCCGGCUGAGGCCCUGCGUCACAGAGCCCUGUGAAGGAUACAGCCAGGUCAGCCUGAUUUUUGGAGUCCUGACGUGCGUGUCGGGCUUUAUCGGUGUGGGAGUGGGCGCCGAGAUCGCCCGUCGCUACAAGAAGUACAACGCGCGAGCCGACCCGCUCGUGUGUGCCUUCGGGCUGCUGAGCUCCGCCCCGUUUCUCUUCCUGUCGCUCGUCACGGCCGAAAGCAACACGACCGCCACAUACUUUUUCAUUUUCUGCGGGGAGACGCUGCUGUGCCUGAACUGGGCCAUCGUGGCAGACAUCCUGCUGUACGUGGUGAUACCGACAAGACGCUCCACAGCCGAGUCCGUGCAGAUCCUCAUGUCCCACCUCCUCGGGGAUGCCUUCUCCCCGUAUCUCAUCGGCAAGAUCUCGGACUCAAUCAAGGGAGAUCGAGACUCGUACCUGUGGCGGUUCUUGAGCCUGGAGUAUGCGCUGCUCAUCUGCGCCUUUGUGUGUACUUUCGGGGGCGCUUGCUUCCUCAAGACAGCCACCGUCAUCGAGCAGGACCGGGAGCGAGCCGAGAUGAUCGUCAGCGGCACGGCCACUGAGGAGGAUCUUUUGCUGCCGCAUGACGGCCGACCCAGGAGUGUGUACGUCAACGACAUCUUGAGCUAACGGACGACCGAACCGUGCGAGGGGGGAACACACAAGGUGGCCAACUAUGGGCACCCAGGUGCCAGAGUUUGGGGGGGGGGGGGUGUUGGGCUCAAAACCAAGGCAAUUUGUACAGAGACUGCAUUCUUGUUGUUUGCGACGGUGUUACCGAGAUGUUUUUUUUCCUCUUUUCCUCCGCUAUCUCUUUGCAUCAUUAUCGGUUGUACAACAUUUCACACAUGCAAGUGCAAUUUGUAAAUGUGUUUGUUUUUUUUUUACAAAGCACAACACUCCUUAAAAAGGGUGAGGUUCUUAGUAAGUAAAUUGGAUUUACGAAAGACUCCCUUAACUACUAUUAAGGGGGUCACCGUUUGACGCAUUUAAUGUGAAGCUUGACAUUACAGUGCGAUGGCAGGUGAGAGUGGCUCUUAACAGCAUUAAGUAGACCGCCGCGUACUUGAUGCCCCAUACUGCCAACCUGGAGCAUUUUUUUGCUCAAGAAAUUGCUUAAUUCACUGCAAUACUAAAAUUGUUUGCAAAUUUAAAAAAAAGUGGAAUUUUAAAUUACCGCAUGAAAUAAUGGCCGGUCUACUUUACCGGGAGAUUUCACGAGAUUCAUUUUCUUUGGCAUCAUGCCAAUUACGACCUCUUCAACACUCACGCGUGCACUAAAGGUGCACACGUUCAAAAGAUGUCAAGUUGACGUUAACCCCUGUGGCAAGCUGCUUUGCUCGCGAAAAAACGACCUUUGUAGGUGCAGGCACAUCACGGCAACGGUUUAUCGCUCUGGGGGGGGAAAAGGAAACAGUCUGCCAUGCAGCCAGGAAUAAAAUCAUCUCGUGGAUAAGCAAGCAUGUCAAACUGUACCAUUGAGUACUUUUACAGGAUUUUAAAAAGGGCCUGCAGAUUUAACCGUGCACUCGUAGACAAACGGUUUUUAGUUAGCAUGUCAAGUUUUCAACAAUUUUUUCCCCCUUCCCACCCAUUAAAUGUUGCCUAAGUUGGCAUUAAAUCGCAUUGGGCCAGGUGUAGCAACAACGGUACCGCAAUGGAUUUGCGCAGAGCUUUAAUUAUACGGUCUUUACCGUAUAAGGUAAGAUGCUGUAAUCACCAGUUUUCUUGCCGGGUUCACCAUACAUUGGAGCUCCACUACAUUUCAACGCAUUUUGUGAAUCCAUUGCCAGUCCCUUGAAAGACAGGCACACACAGGCUACCCCGAUUGCAAUAAUAUUUGGCAUUUGUAAGGAUGUUGCCAAGUUUAUUGACUUUAAUAUGUACAAUGACUUGUUUUUUGAUGUCAAAAUGUUAUUGGUUUUAAUGUAUCACUGUAAAUAAACUUGCAAGAACCUGUCAAAGUGA